AAUUACGUUCGAGAGAAUUCAUUUCGUGAUUUUUUGAGCGGUUUCUCGUAAAAAUUUAAGAAGAAAACUGUGGGAAAAGUGUUAAUAAAAUGUAUAAAUAGCGAAUUUUCGUAUAGAAAGAAAAUGAGAAGAGCUCGUAGAAGAUUUAGUGAAUAGAGUAAGAGCAUCAAAAAGUGUGUAGGAGAGCAUCCGUUCAACGAGAGAUGAAAAACAUCUGCAACUAAAAAACAGAGAGAGAAUUAAAAUGUCGUUAGUUUCGUUGUCAAUAUCAACGGGAUAUAUUGCCCUUACGAGUUUUUUGGCAUUUGUCGCGCGGAAAUUCGUUUCAAAAGCAAAUUUACCGGCAAAGGAUUUGUUCUAUGAAGCUAUUGCGGCGGCGGAAUUGUGUGCUUGCUGUUUUGAGUUGAUCAUUGUUGCUGACAACUUUGGCGUCGCUACAUACGCAAUUUUCCUCUUUUUCCUCACAAUUUGGUGGUCUGCGAACUGGGAAGAUGCCUCAGCUUGUCCUUACACGCACAUGGAAGACCUUGUCGAGGGAAAUUGCUCCGUAAAAGACGUCGCUCUCAAAACGUGGGCUGCUCUCAUGGGCGGUUGCUGCGUUUUUCGUUACGUGCAACUCUAUUGGUGGCUUGAAGUCACGGAAAAUCACGAAGGACGCGCUUUCGAGGAAUGUUCGGCAGAUUUAAAAGUCGAUCCGUAUGUCGGCGCUGUAAUUGAAGGCAUUGCCACGCUUCUGUGCCGCAUCGCAUCCAAAAGUAUCGCCGAAUUAAAUCCCCGUUUCGGUACAAUUAUCGACUCGUUCAUCGGCACGAGUUUGGUUGUCUUGGCUUUCAACUAUUCCGGCGGUUAUUUCAAUCCAGUGUUGGCGACGGCGCUCAAAUGGGGCUGCGACGGGCACACAAACAUGGAACACGUGAUCGUUUAUUGGAUCGGAAGUUGUGUGGGAGCUCUUUUGUCGGUGCCUGCCUUCAAAAUGAUCCGCGAACGAGGAUAUCUUGCCAUCGAAACGAAAUCCAAAGACGAUUAAUGAGCGAAAAAUCCUGAAAAAUGACAAUUUUGAACUAAUUUUUAUGUUCCUGCUAACAAAAUACUCGACAAAUCCAUGAUUUUAGUGUCAAUUUUGAUGUUAAUUACCUUUUAAAGACAAUAUUGAAGCAAUAAUUAAACGAGUUGUGAUUCUUG